AUGAGGAAGCGUGCGACUCCUGCAAACUUUCCAAUUGUCACGACAGAGCCCCUAGUGUCAAGAGGAGCUCUGUACGAGCCCACACUCCAGUUGGACUACAUCGGAGACUACUUUAACUUAGUCAAUGCAAAGCUGGUACAGCCGGAAUUCCGCGAUGCCAAUGACAAUUACAUAGCACCGUGGAAACUACAUGAUGCACUUCGUCCCGGUACCAUCGUCGCCGUCAAUGCAUCUCUCCAUUGCUGGAUAUUUCAAAAGAAAUCAAGGGUUCGCAAGAUCUACCAAAUUCACGCUGACAGUUUGCAUGUACUUGCACCCUCCGAUGACUGUGUCGAAAUCCCUCCUGUCCUCAUCCUUCCGCGUGCAAUGAAGACUUCCAGUCCCACCCAUGCUGCCGUUCCGGUACCUCUGAUGAAAAAGAUAAAGACCGACUAA